AAUGCCUCGCAAGUAUGUUCCGCGGCUGUGUGCAAGAAAUUAUGCCAACUACACGCAGGAAGCACUAGCUUCGGCAUUGAAAUCUGUAAAGCAAAACCGAAUGUCAAUCCGGCAAGCGUCCAAGCAUUACAAAAUUUCCUUCGGCACGCUGAAUAACAGAUGUAAAAAUUUGCAUACGAAGAGCGCCGGAACUCCAACCGUGCUAUCGAGUGCCCAGGAGAAGGAGCUCAGCGAGGUGAUAAAAGUUGCUGGUGAAUGGGGUUACCCUCUCCCCCCGGGUCGAGUGGCAAUAUUGGUGAAAAAAUUCCUCGAUGACAACCUCAUGAAAACCAGGUUUGUUGACAAUCGCCCCGGUCCAGAUUGGAUUGCGUCCUUUAUGAAGCGAACCAACUUGGCAGCCCGUUGCACUCAAAACAUUAAAAGGGCUCGUGCUAAGGUGUGCCCUAGAACUGUAAAAGAAUAUUUUGACAACCUGGCCCGGACGCUCCAUGGCAUUCCGAAGGAAAAUAUCAUAAACUACGAUGAGACAAACUUUACGGACGAUCCUGGAAGCCGAAGAGUGAUAUGUAGAAGAGGACAGAAGCACGUCGAACGCGUCUUAGACCACUCAAAAUCAUCAUAUUCCGUCAUGUUCGCUGGCACUGCAGAUGGAAAAACGCUUUCAACGUACGUAGUGUAUGCAGCUCUUCAUCUCUAUCCAACAUGGGUUCAAGGAGGACCUAAAGGUAGCCGCUACAAGCGAACGAAGUCAGGAUGGUUCGAUGAACGGACGUAUGAGGACUGGAUUUUGACAGUUGCUCUUCCGUACUGCAAGAAGAUACCGAAUGAUAAGCCACGAGUGUUGAUUGGAGACAAUGUUGCGUCCCACAUGUCUAUUCGAGCCAUCAAAAGCUGCAUGGAGAACAACAUAAAGUUCGUGUUCCUGCCGCCCAACUCUACCCACCUAUGUCAGCCAUUGGAUGUGGCGUAUUUUGGGCCGCUGAAAAAGGCAUGGAGGAGUACGUUGGAACAAUGGAAGAGUAGAAAUAAGGGUUGUGUCCCGAAACAUAUUUUUCCACGAUUGUUGAAAGAAACUUUGGAGUCUAUCAGUGCUACCUCUGAGAAUAACAUGAAAGCAGGAUUUAAGGCGGCUGGCAUUCAUCCGCUAAACAGGUAUGCUGUGCUAAAACGAAUUCCUGGAGGAAAUGAUGAAGAACCAAAGCCCAGCACCAAUAACUCGUUCUCGGAGCAGCUGGUGAAGAUACUCAAAGAAGAACGAUUCGGAGAAAAAGAUCAACGACAGAUCCCCAAGAAGCGACGUCUGUUUGAUGUAACGCCUGGUACCAGCGUUUCAGAGCAACAGCUGAUUGCAGCCACAAAAACGAUGGAAGUAGAUGGUCAAAAUAAAAAGGCUUCCGGAACAAUCAAACAGGAACCUGGACAGAAAGUAGCACGGAAAAUUUCCAAAAAGUGUCAUCUAGUGGAUGUUCAACCGGAUGAGAACGAAAAUACAAUACCGUUGCUAAUCAAACAGGAACCUAACAUUCGGACUUCCAAAAAGCGUCGUUUGAAUAAUGUGCAACUCGAUGGUAUAGAAAAUAUCACACACCGGACAAUUAAGAAAGAGCCUGCUCAGCAUCAAGAGGAAAAACAAGCUACCAGGUUGAAGAAAGGGAAAGUGACGAAAGCGUCCGUCAGAAAUAAAAUUCGGAUUUGAAAUCAGUUUUUUUUAAUUGGAAAUUGGUGACUGUUAUUCAAUUUUGCGAAAAACCAUCAAAACACCACUAUUGUUUGAAUCAUUUAAAUAUUACAAUGAAUUGCUUUGGUUUUCAAGCUUAUUAUUUUUGUUGAAUAAACUCCAACGCUGUGCGUAAACUAAAUUGAAAGAUUUG